UCUUGACGGAGAAUUCCAAACAACAAGAAAAGCAUAUGCAACACGAGCAGCUUAAACGACAAGAUCAGAUUCCUGAUGAUUCUGCGGACGCAAACAAAAUUUGGUCCGGCUCCGAGUUCAAGAAAACAAAGCUUCCUCCUCUUGCAAUAGUUUCCUCAACACUUAUCGAAAUUCCGUCAAAUCCAUUUACGAAGCCCGCACUUCCCACUUCAACAAAGCAUGGCUUUUUGGAAGUAGAGGUACCAACUGUGUGCGAAACUGAGAAAUAUGAAGACCACUCUGCCGGGACAGUGACCAUGGUCCUUGAACCAGCGGAGUCGAUUAACGGAGACAAUUCCGACGAAUCAUCAACAAUAACAGAGCAUUCGGAAGGAACCCCAACCCCUGCAACCAAGAGUCCCACACGGUGUGAGUGGAGAACACCGCUUUGCGACUUACCUGACUGACAUUGAAGACAUUAUGCUUUUGGAAUCCCAAGAGCUCAAUAGCCUGCCCCUGCUUCCGAUGUUGGACUGCCACAUCAUUCUCAUUGACGAAAAUGAUCUCAUAAGUCGAAGUCAGGGACUCGUCUCCUAGUCCAUUGACACCUCUCUUCACAAGAUUGGAAAUUGCAUGAAUGCCGUGUUUCAUGUGCCUUCGAAAGACCAAAAACGUCAAGCAAGAAAUUGUUUGGUCAUCUUCGGUGCAUAUCUUUGUCCCCAGAUUGGCAACAAUUUGCACACAAGGGCUUAACUCCUCUUCCCACCAAAUCCUUCAACAACACACCUUGCUCGACAUCAUGUACAAUGUAGCAGCGCCUGAUCUCAACACUUGCAUGAUACCCAGUUCUCCUAAUUUAUAGCAUGCAAGGAGAAGCAUUGUCUGCCAAGAAGUGGCGUGCUACAACUUAUAUCAGCACAAUUCCUCAAAGUGAAGGCAUCUAUCCAACUAUAGAAACGCACAUUCACUGCACAUCGUGCACCAUGAGCCUUGAUGUACAUCAUGGUCCCCGGCUCUUCGGUUGAAUUCAUCUUGAUUUCAGAAUGAUUUUAGUAUUUCGACAGUGGAAGACAUCCAUGUGCAUUUGUUUGUAUCAUUUCUAUUAGUUGAGGCAUAGUUGAACUACUUUCGAUAUUUAAAAAUGAGGUUCAUUUGCAGUUACUCAUGCACAUAUGAAUUUGAGAAGUUUCGGUCUGCUGA